UCACACGUUUCUUUUCAUAUUUUAAACGAUUAUUCUUCCUCUUGUUAUAAAGUGUGUCAUUGAUGAAUUUAUACCUAAGAACAAGAAGAUACAAAGGAGUUACUUCAAUCGAUCUAUCCAGGGAUUUAAGAGCACCGGUUGCUGCUGGAACACGAUAGUAAUCAGGAAAACUUGUAGAAGCAGAAGAUCGUAGGAUUAGAAAGCAAGCAUUUAUUGGAAGAAUCCGUGAACCAAUAAUUCCACUUCCCGUCACGAAGACCCUUAACAGCAUCAGGAUUCACCAGCAGGCAUGAUCGAAUGAUGGAGGUGAUUUCGACACGCCGAUACGAGGCUCGUCCACCUCCAACGAGCCAUCCACCGAUUCUCAUCGACCCUGAGAAUUCCGUGGCUCUGGUCAAAGAAGAGGAAUGGGAGACCCGCAAGAAGAAGGAAAUAACCACCACUAGGCAGAUAGAAACCAGAGUGAAGCGACAGGUUGUGCUAGAGGAUGGCGAAGUCGUGGUCGACUCGGGUCCUCUGGUUACCACGAAUACUACCGAGGACGUCGAGCAACAAGAGCACACCACGCAAGAAAGACGGACAACCGGUGAUCAACCGCAGGAGGUUGAAUGGCCAACAGGUGGAAGGGGCUCUGCGGACGGUAGCAUAGUUCAGAAGGAAUUAAACGAAACGGUGGUGAGGAGCCGCGAGGAGAUCGAGGAGAGGCUGGAGACGGAGGAUCGUCAGCAGCUAGGAGAUAUCUCAGACGAGGCGUACCAGAAGGCGAUACGGAGUAACCGGGGUGAUCUGAGAGUAGCCCUUGCUGAAUCCUCGAAACAGUUGGCUUCGCAAACGGGUCCCAGGGUUGUCCAGCACACUACCAAGUCGAACAAGGUGAUCGACACCGAGAAAACCUUGGAGAAGAAAGAACUGAAACCUGAUGGACUGAUCGUCACCGAGAGGAAACGUACUGUUGAGCAUGAAGAGAUUAAUGACGACGAGGUACCAGAUGAUCGAAGCGACGUAAACGGCGACGACGCUUUGGAGAAAAAAAAGGAAAGCUCUCAGAGGUUUAUCAAAAAAAGAGACGAGGACGUAGUCGAUUAUAUCUCCGGGGGCGAGAGGAUCGCCCGUGAGAUGCGUUAUGUAGCCGAGACCACUGAGGGAGAAAGAAUUGGCGACUGGAUACCGUCACCUACUGCCAUGCGAACUACUCGUUUCCAUAAACACUCUGGCUUUCCUGCAGAGGGUUUUCCAACUCGAAAGGACGUGUUAACGAAAAAGCCACUGGAUUUUGAAGAGGAAGAUGAAGCUAGAAAAUUCGAGACGUCUAAAUGGCUGGAGAGCCAUUUUGGCAGUGAAUCUCGUUCUUCUCAUGGCUCCAUCGAUGCUGAUGAUUCUCCUCUUCCAACUAGUACUAAUACCAGCUACAUUAACGUUACUAUGAAAUCCUGUACACCUAAAGAAAAGGAUUAUCAGAACGUGAAUUCUAAUCGACAACAGAGAAGAAGUACAGGAAGAGACUCAACGUCGCCCUCAGGAUAUUUCCAUGGGAUUAGCGAAUGGUCUGAGAGAUACCAAGGAAGAGAAAGACAAAAUCCGAUUAGAACAAGCUCUCCUUCGCAAUACGUUGAAACGAUCCACACAAAUGGCCAUGCUCAUGAUCACUCAAAGAAUCAGGUCGAAUCAACGUAUUCUAAAACCUACGAGUCUGUUCUUCGUCGAGAACACCAAGAAUCUUUUGACAGACAACGUACUCCUUCUCCUCCUGCUCGACGAAGAUCGAAGGAACAAUGGACAACGAGGUCUGAAGAAAGGACCAGUUUAAACGACUCAGUCCCCGGUCGAACAUCCAGUCCAGUACACGUGGUUCAAAGAACCUGGGAGAGUCGAAAUCGAGACGCCCAUGAGCAAACCAUCGAACGAGAUAAUCGCAAGAAAUCAAGAUCCAGAUCAACUUCUCCCAUGCCAGAAUCGAAUUCCCGCAACAGAAAGAAAUCAAGCGAGACUCCGACUCCUGCUCGUCCAGCAAAAAGUUCAGGGCACUCUAAAUACAAGAUAGGCGAGUCGUUCAGGAAACUGGUGGGCAAGCUACGCUCAGCAAGCAGUGAAAGGAAGAACAAACGCGCCAGCAGCAGCUCAACCUCUCAGUUAACUCAGACGGACGACAACGGACCAACCUACAUGCAGUACAACGUGAUCGACAAGAAUAUUCCUCUGGUGAACGAAAGGGACAUAGAGGAGAAACCUCCAGAGAGACCUCCACGGUCUCCAAGAAACGCUACGAUGAACAAUAAUUCCAACAAGAUUGUAAAAACAGUCAGAACCAGCGACCACGUGUCCCAGGAACAAUGGCAACGCAGUGAAUCGACUCCACCGCUGCACAGGUAUUAUCUGGGUGAGGAUCCAUUCGGAGGAAGCAUCUAUGGACGUGAGAAAGGAUACCGUGAGGCGAGGAGAUCAGGGAAACCGCGUCGAACCACUGAGAACGAGUACAGCGUCGCAUCCAGUUCACUUGGCAGGUUUAGCAAGUCCACUGGUCGCUUGGCCAAUGACCACGAGCGAGAGGAACUGCUAAGGAGCACGCAGACACUGCCUAGGAAUCUCCACAGCGGAGGACAGUACGCUAAAAUACAGUCGAGGCGGCAGCAAGUAGUAUCCAGUGGGGUAAAAGUUGGAACGUCUUAUGGUGAUAUUCCACAGGGCCACCAGACGCGUCAGUACGGGAGCAUGAUCAAUAUUUCCAUCAAGAACACGGUCACGUCGCCAAAAGUUGCAAUGCACAACAAUUUACAGCCACCAAUCAAGCCUGAGAGAACUUACAAGUCCUCCUUGGCGCGCAGUAAGAGCUUUAACGUAGAAGCUGGAAGAAACGGCGUCGAGACGCCCCCACCGAGAAUACCAUAUACUUCUACGUUGCAGUUGAAUCGGUUAGACGAAACGCCACCUUUGAAGAGUCCAAGUAUUUUAGCCAGUAUCAGCAACAGGGAUUUGCUGAAAGACACCAUACAACAGGAGUAUUGACAUUUUAUAAUAAUUUCAUGGAUGAACUGCUUUUUUUUGUUUUUUUAAAUGUAAUUCAAGUGGAACACUGAAAACUAUUUGAGGUUAUAUUGUAUAGUGUAAAGUAAUAACAGUGAUGUUGCAUCGAUUGUAAGAAGAUAGGAUUAAUUGAACAGUUUCAGACAGGUUCUCGUUACGACACACGUCCACCUAAGGCAUACAUAUGUUUUUCCUUAACU